AUGUCUUCUACAUAUAGACUUAUGUGGAACAGAUUAGGUUGUAUUAAAAAUAGUCUUAAAUUACUUACAGUGCCCAGUUUGAGACAUAUACCUAUGCGAAAUAAAACAGUAGUUUCUUGUACAGUGGGAUUCUCCUUAUUCACUUGGUUAGGAUUUGAAAAUAAACUUUCUGCAGAAGAUGAAAUUGUAGAGACCAUUAAACACUGUGUGCUUUUCAUUCAAAGAUCCGAAUACGAGAAAGCUGAACAACUAUUACAUGUAGCUUUAAGGCAAGCACAACAAAUACAGCAUCAAAAUGGAAUUACUUAUAUUUAUGAUGUGAUGGCAAACUUAGCGUUAGAAAGAGAACAGUUGGAUAAAUCAAAACAAUUGUUUGUUACAGUGGCACAAAGAAUUAUGGCAGAUGGAGCCACAGAAAACGACCCACGAGUUGUUCAUAUAAGCACUAAACUUGCUAGAAUAAGCCAUCUAAAAAAAGAAUACAAUACAGCUCAAGUUGGUUAUGAUUGGUGUUUAGGCAAGUUAAAAAGAAUGGUUGAAAGUAGUGAAGAUGAUUUCACUACAAAGAAACUUCUUGCUAUGACUGAAGAUUGGUAUGGCAGGCUGUUUCUAGAAUGCAAUCAAAAUGAACAAGGACUUUUGUUAAUGCAGAGUGCCUUAGACUUGAUGAGACAAAUACCUGAUAUUGAAAAAGAACAUAUUAUUAUACAACUUAAUGAUAUUGGAACAGUCUGUGAUAAACUCGGAAGAGCUGAUGAGAGUAUAAGCUAUUUCAAAGAAGCUAUAGAUUUAGGCAAAGGUCUGAAUAUGGAUGAAUUGGGUGCCAUAUAUGUUAAUCUUGGUAGAGCAUACCUAAAAAAAAAUAUGAUAGAAGAUGCCAGAAAAGUAUGUGGUCAUGGAUGGAAGAUUGGAGCAAUGUCUAAAAAUGAUAAUAUUAAACAUGAAGCAGAAUUGUGUAUUAAAGAAAUAAAAAAUCAUAGUUAA